GUCCCUGGUGUGCUGCCUCUCCACAAAAGCCAGCUCCAGGUCCAUCCUCACCGCCCUGGUGUCAAAAGCAAAGCAAAUCAAUGGGAGGUACGAGAAGUUUUUGGAAAGGACAUUCCCCCGUUUCUACGUGCUGUAUGCGACUUUCACAAAAGGAAUCCAAGCGCUCUUCCUGGAAGUAAAAGAAAUAAGAAAAAUCAAAUCUAAAAUGUCCCAUCAGAGACUGAGCGUUCAGCACCUUCCCUACCGGGAGAUGGAGAGGCUGCGGCAGUUUCGCAGGGACUUAAUCAAAGUCAUUCCCAUCGGAAUUAUCGCCAUCCCGCCCUUCGCCAACUUCUUGGUCAUCGUUCUGAU